AUGCUCGCAUACUUGGAGAGUUACUUCGACCUAAGGAAGAGCUUUGUCUUCUACGGGGCGUACCAUCACCAAUGGCAGAACCAAAUGAUUCAUGUCAUCUUUGUACCGGCCAUCUUCACCACCGCGAUGAGCUUCCUUGCGCGCGUGCCCAUCGCCGGCGGCGUCACCCUCUCCCACAUCAUUGCCGCCUUCUACACGAUAUCCUUCAUCAAAAUGGAGCCGGUUGCUGGGGCACUCUACGCGCCGAUUAUCGGAGCGAUGGAAUACCUUGGCUUACGAGUGCUCAUCAACCACGUGCCAAUCAGCAUUGCGAUUCACGCCCUCGGCUGGGCAGUGCAGAUAAUGGGACACAAGUUUCUCGAGGGUCGCCAGCCAGCCUUCAUGGAAGAUCCGCUGCAGGCAAUCCACGCUGCAUUGCUCUUUGUCUGGCUGGAGGUGCUCUUCUUCCUCGGCUAUCGCCCCGCCAUGAAGGCCGAGUUGGAUAAGUUAAUCAAGGUGCAAAUCGAAAAGAUAAACGCGGCAGAGCAAGCUGGUAAGGCACCGAUCAUUAAGGUGGCUCCAAAAAAGGUGAGCACGUAG